AUGUUCGCCCUGCGCCUGCCCCUCCUGGCGCUCCUGGCGGCCUCGGUCCGCGGCCACCUGGGGCUGCUGGGGCCCAAGAACGUGUCGCAGAAGGACGCCGAGUUUGAGCACCUCUACGCGGACGAAGUCAACAGCGAGCUGGUCAACAUCUACACCUUCAACCACACGGUGACCCGCAACCGGACGGAAGGUGUGCGUGUGUCCGUGAACGUCCUCAACAAGCAGACAGCGGCUCCCUUGCUGUUCGUGGUCCGCCAGAAGGAGGCCGUGGUGUCCUUCCAGGUGCCCCUCAUCCUGCGAGGGCUGUAUCAGCGCAAGUACCUCUACCAGAAGGUGGAGCGAACGCUGUGUCAGCCGCCCACCAAGAACGAGUCUGAGGUGCAGUUCUUCUACGUGGAUGUGUCCACCCUGUCGCCAGUCAACACCAGGUACCAGCUCCAGGUCAGCCGAAUGGACGACUUCGUGCUCAGGACCGGGGAGCUCUUUAGCUUCAAUACAACAGCAGCGCAGCCUCAGUACUUCAAGUAUGAGUUUCCGGAGGGAGUAGACUCGGUGAUUGUCAAGGUGACCUCGAACAAGGCCUUCCCCUGCUCGGUCAUCUCUAUCCAGGAUGUCCUGUGCCCUGUCUAUGACCUGGACAACAACGUGGCCUUCAUCGGCAUGUACCAGACCAUGACCAAGAAGGCCGCCAUCACCGUGCAGCGCAAAGACUUCCCCAGUAACAGCUUCUAUGUGGUGGUGGUGGUGAAGACGGAAGACCAGGCCUGCGGGGGCUCCUUGCCCUUCUACCCCUUCGUGGAAGAUGAACCGGUUGAUCAGGGGCACCGCCAGAAAACCCUGUCUGUGCUGGUGUCUCAAGCAGUCACAUCUGAGGCCUACGUGGCUGGGAUGCUCUUCUGCCUGGGCAUCUUCCUCUCCUUCUACCUGCUCACCGUCCUCCUGGCCUGCUGGGAGAACUGGAGGCAGAGGAAGAAGGCCCUGCUGCUGGCGGCGGACCGAGCCUGCCCGGAAAGCGGUCACCCUCGGGUCCUGGCUGACCCCUUCCCUGGCAGCUCCUCUUACGAUGGUUACAACUAUGGCUCCUUCGAGAAUUGUUCCGGGUCCACGGAGGGUCUGGUUGACAGCAUGGACACUGCGGACCUCUCCUACACUUACCAGGACCGCCCCCUGGACCCCGUGGGCACGCGGCCGCGGCUGGACUCCAUGAGCUCCGUGGAGGAGGAAGAUUAUGACACGCUGACUGACAUCGAAUCGGACAAGAAUGUCAUUCGCACCAAGCAAUACCUCUGUGUGGCCGACCUGGCGCGCAAGGACAAACGUGUUCUGCGGAAGAAGUACCAGAUCUACUUCUGGAACAUCGCCACCAUCGCCGUCUUCUAUGCGCUCCCGGUGGUGCAGCUGGUGAUCACCUACCAGACGGUGGUGAAUGUCACAGGGAAUCAGGACAUCUGCUACUACAACUUCCUCUGCGCCCACCCGCUGGGCAACCUCAGCGCCUUCAACAACAUCCUCAGCAACCUGGGCUACAUCAUGCUGGGGCUGCUCUUCCUGCUCAUCAUCCUGCAGCGGGAGAUCAACCACAACCGGGCCCUGCUGCGCAACGACCUCUACGCGCUGGAGUGUGGGAUCCCCAAACACUUCGGCCUGUUCUAUGCCAUGGGCACCGCCCUCAUGAUGGAGGGCCUGCUGAGCGCCUGCUACCACGUCUGCCCCAACUAUACCAACUUCCAGUUUGACACGUCAUUCAUGUACAUGAUCGCCGGGCUCUGCAUGCUCAAGCUCUACCAGAAGCGGCACCCGGACAUCAACGCCAGCGCCUACAGCGCCUACGCGUGCCUGGCCGUGGUCAUCUUCUUCUCGGUGCUGGGCGUGGUCUUCGGCAAAGGGAACACGGCCUUCUGGAUCGUCUUCUCCGUCAUCCACAUCCUAGCCACCCUGCUCCUCAGCAUCCAGCUCUACUACAUGGGCCGCUGGAAGCUGGACUCUGGGAUCUGCCGCCGCAUCCUCCACGUGCUCUACACCGACUGCAUCCGGCAGUGCAGCGGGCCCCUCUACGUGGACCGCAUGGUGCUGCUGGUCAUGGGCAACAUCAUCAACUGGUCGCUGGCUGCCUACGGACUCAUCAUGCGCCCCAAUGAUUUUGCCUCCUACCUGCUGGCCAUCGGCAUCUGCAACCUGCUCCUCUACUUUGCCUUCUACAUCAUCAUGAAGCUCCGGAGUGGGGAGAGAAUCAAGCUCAUCCCCCUGCUCUGCAUCGUCUGCACCUCCGUGGUUUGGGGCUUCGCGCUCUUCUUCUUCUUCCAGGGACUCAGCACCUGGCAGAAAACGCCGGCCGAGUCGAGGGAGCACAACCGGGACUGCAUCCUCCUCGACUUCUUUGACGACCACGACAUCUGGCACUUCCUCUCCUCCAUCGCCAUGUUCGGGUCCUUCCUGGUGUUGCUGACGCUGGACGACGACCUGGACACCGUGCAGCGGGACAAGAUCUACGUCUUCUAG